AUGGGUCUUUGGAAGAUCCUUGAGCACAGCGCAGAGAGCUUCAACGUAUCCUGGCAGCAAUGCUGCAUUGACCUUCUCAUGAGGUACUGCCGCUUGUUCUUUGCAAGCCCCGGCAAGACAGAGGAAAACGCCGAAGCCAAAGGUGCCGAGCCAUCCGAGGACUUUCUUGCCUUCUUAAAGAAUCUGAAGUUGUUGCUCUUCUCAGCCAGCAAAGGUGUGACUUUGGCGGCAGCGGUUGCCCUUUGCUAUUUGGCACCAGCUCAGGAGAUUGGCAGUGUGGCAAUGCCGUUGAUGCGCUGCUUGAGACAGGCGACAUCCGAAGCGUCCAUCACGGUGCUUUCUGCUUUGGCCCCGUUGGUGGAGGCACGACCAGAGCUCUUUAGAGCAAUGAUCCGGGAGUUCUUCGUCCAGUCCUUCGAUCCUCCAGAAAUGAAGCGCUUGAAGUUGAAGGCCAUUGAGAUGCUGGUGGAUGAGACAAAUGUGCAGCUGGUCUUGCGAGAAUUUCAAGCUGUGACCUCACUACCCAUGUGCAGUCAUUCAUGUGUCAUGAAGUCGUUGGAGCCGGCCUUCUCGGCGGCUUUGCGGCGUCUACCGGGCGGAUGCUUUGCAAAGAUGCCACGCUCACAGGCGAUGACGGCAAUCCCACCCCAGACGUCCGUGACGAACAUGUACACCUACUUUCACACCUGGCCGAAGCACAGGUCCAAGUUCAUCAUCUAUGGUGCUCGAUCAAACGCGUCCAUGACUACCCGGCUGGAUGACCAGAAGAAGGCACCGGACCAAAACAACGGGGAGGACCCCGUGAACGGUCUCGAGAGCCUUUACGGUGGGGUCAACGGUGCUGGGACGAACGGUGCAGAGGGGACCACAGGAGGUGAGAAGCCGAAGGCAGCCGCUGCAAAGCCAUUGGGCCUGGCGGGAGUGCGGCGCCGCUUCGAGCGGGGUGAAAAGCUCUCUAUGGUCACGGCCUAUGACUUUCCAUCUGGCCGCUUCGCCCGUCAAGCCGGUGUGGAACUGGUCUUGGUGGGUGACAGCCUUGGCAAUUGCCGGCUUGGCUUGCCAGACACUGUGGGUGUCACAAUGGAGGACAUGAUCCGAGCCACCACGGCUGUGCGUCGCGGGGUGGACGCAGCUGGUGCUGCCACCUCUCCGAAGCCGCUGGUCAUCGGGGACAUGCCCUUCGGUUCAUAUUUGACCAUGGAGGAUGCGCUUCGCAAUGCUGCAGCCUUCCGGGUCGCAGGUGCUGAUGUUGUGAAGUUGGAAGGAGGAAGUCACCUUGCACCGGUGGUGAGAGCGCUGACCAAUGCUGGCAUUGCCGUGAUGAGCCACAUUGGCCUAGAGCCUCAGAGAGCACUGCUGCAAGGAGGUUUUCGACUACAAGGCACCUCAGCCACAAGUGCCAUGGAAAUCAUCUCAGAUGCAAAGGAGUUGAGUGGUGCUGGUUGUGUGCUACUUGUUGUGGAGAUGGUCCCGGAGGAGGUGGGAACAGCCGUACAGGCCUCCAUCUCUUGUCCCGUCAUCGGAAUUGGCGCUGGCGGCAAAGUCGCUGGCCAGGUCCUGGUGUGCGAUGAUAUGCUCGGCAUGCAUGGCCGACCACCUUCCUUCGCCAAGAUGUUUGCCGACGUGGGGCGGGCCUCUGCCAUGGCGUAUGAGACCUAUGUCAAAGAGGUUCGCAGCGGGCAGUUUCCUGGAGACAAGUAUUCUAGACAUAUGCCAGCAGAGGAGUUGCACAAGCUGCAGCAGCUCUUGCCGCAGGUGCCUCUACUGAGCCUCACGCAGGAGCCUGCAGAGACAUCUACUGUGAAUGGCCACUCAGCUUCUUCGCACCGCACGCCAGGUAGCUUUGGCUUUGAACUCCUGCAUGGGCGUUUGUUGCCAGUGCAGCGUUUGGCUGUCAACGGUGCACGCCUGGCUGGUACACGAGGCAUUUCGCAGGCAGCCACUGGCACAAGGAUAGAGCCUAAGCGGCUGUGCUCCAAUGCAGAGUUGAUCGACUGGAGGCGGCAAGUUGCGGAGCAGGGACGCCGCGUUGCGUUCGUGCCGACCAUGGGCAACCUUCAUGAAGGACACCUGGAGUUGGUCGACGCGGCGCUGCAACGAGCUGACGAGGCCAUCGUGUCCAUCUUUGUGAACCCAUCACAAUUUGCGUCUCACGAGGACCUGGAUACAUAUCCACGCACCCUUGAGGAGGACGUGCAGAAGCUGCGCGAGCGAGGGGCCACGGCGCUGUUCACGCCUUCAGCCAAUGAAAUGUAUCCAACUGGAAGUCCAGGUGGUACGAUGGUCGUGCCGCAUUUUGUAGAGGGCAAGAGCGAGGCUGCUGAUCGUCCUCAUUUUUUCACGGGUGUGGCAACAGUAUGUCUCAAGUUCUUCAACCUGGUACAGCCCGAUGUUGCAAUCUUCGGGCAGAAGGAUGCCAUGCAAUGUGUGGUCAUUGCAAGAAUGUUGGAGGACCUCCUGCUUGAUCAUCGUAUUGCUUUGCACGUGGUGCCCACCUCACGCGAGUCAGACGGGGUGGCUCGCUCCUCCCGAAAUUCAUACCUCUCGCCGAGCAUGCGCCAGAAGGCGCCUGCAAUUUACAAGGCACUUUGUGCUGCCACAACAGCCAAGGGCGCUUCACCUUGGUCGGUCCGCACGUCCGUCCGCGAAGACCUAGAGACCCAAGGUUUGGAAGUGAGCUACAUCUCUGUGGCAGACACCCGCUUCAUGAAUGAGAAAGCUGAUGAGGCUGAUUUGAGCAAUUCAGUGGUGAGCAUUUGCUGCAUCAUGAAGGAGGAGGGCCAUCGUACCUGCCGAUUGCUGGACACUGUGCUGGUGCCAGCAGGGGCUUAG